GUGAAACGAGAGACUUUAAGUAUCGUAAGCCGUCAAGAAGUAGUAAAAGCCGUAUACCUGCUGGGGGUUCCGUUGGCUUCGUAUACGGGCGUCCGGCACACUUGUGGCAAAUCGCAUAGUAUACUGGCGCUAUCCCCAACUUUUGCUCAAUACGCUGAACACCUUUGCUUCUUGUUUGAACUUUGCUAGGAAGAAAUCAAGAAACAGAACUCAUAAGGAGACUCUUCAUGUUAGCAAGCAUGAGGCCACGACUAGGCGUCGUGGCCAUACUGGCCAUGGCCCUGCUUGGCUUCGCUGCCGCGAGGAUUCCUCCUCAAGGCCCCGUUGAUGGGCCAGCAGAUGUAUGCCAAACUUGCCUGGUCUCGGUCAGAAUCUUGGAGGACUUCCUGUGCGACCCCGCGGCUACAGACUUCCUCGUUGACUUUGUGGAGAAGCAAAUCUGUCCGUCCAUGGGCGACACUCAACAGUGCCACAACCUGGCUGAGGGGCUGCUGCCCACUCUCAUCCAGUGGUUCCGCGCCUCCGCCACCCCCGCCUCCCUCUGCUCCUCCGCGGGUGUGUGCGGCGGAGUGGUCGCACUCAGCAACAUCCCCGAGCUCAACAGGCCCUCCCUGCGCGUGCGCGACACCGCCGAGUGCGCCAUGUGCGAGUUCGUGGUGGGUCAGGCCAAGGUGGCGCUCAACAGCAGCCAGGCGCUGGAGCGGCUCAAGCAGGUGGCGCUGCAGGCGUGCGCCGGACUGCCGCAGCAGCUGGCGGACAGCUGCACGCAGUUUGUGGAGAUGUACGAGCCCCUGAUGGCCGAGCUGAUUGAGGACAUGGACCCGGAGACGGUGUGCGGCCUGCUGGGGGUGUGCGUGGAGGAAUGGGCUGCGGUGCCGCCCCCGCCGCUGCCGGCUGCCCUCGUGCGGGAGCUGGCGGGAACCAAGGCCCUCUGCCGCCCGCCCCCAGUCCACAUGGCGAUGCUGCUGCCCCCGCUGACCAUGGCCCAGCUGCCCCGCCCCGGCGGCCUGCUGGGCGGCCUCAUGCACGGCCUCAUGCACCGCCUGGGCUUCGGCAGGGGCGGGCCCGACAUGGGCCGCGACCCACGGGACGGUCUGGACCCCGAGGACAUGCCUGGCCUCAUGCAGCAGCAGGCGGUGCAGGCCCUCCAGAAGCAGCGGGAUGGGCCACGUGACGAGGAUGAUGAUGAUGAUGAGGAGGAGCGGCACGGCGGCCCCAUGCACGGCGGCGACAAGGGCUGGAUGCCGCACCUCCACCACGAUGACGACGAUGAGGAGCGCGAGGAGGAGGGCGAGCACCGCUCCGGCGGCAUGAUGGGAGGGCGCGUGCUGCAGCAGGGCGGUCCCAUGAUGUUUGGCGGUGCAGGCCCCAUGAUGGGCGGGGGCGCGGCGAACGACGCAUGCGACUACUGCAAGAUGGCCGUCAUCGAGGCGCACUCGCUGGUGAGCAACCCCGCGGUGCAGGCGGAGAUGCUCAACUACACGCUGGCGGUGUGCGGCCAGUUCCCCUCCUUCGCCGAGCCCUGCAAGCUGUACGUCACCAUGUACGCCCCGCUGGUCUUCCAGCUGCUGGAGCAGUACCUGGUGCCGGACGCGGUGUGCGCGCAGACCGGCAUGUGCCCGCCGCCUCCCGCCGCCGCUGGGGAGCAGGAGGCCGAGCAGCAGCAGCAGGCGGCUGCCUUCACCCGGCUGACCCGCGCCAGCAGCAUCCACCCACCUCACGAGGGCCCGAUGGGGUGGCUGGCGGACAGCUGGCUGGGUCGCCUGCUGGGCCUGGAGGGGCGGGAGGAGCAGAGGCUGGGUGGGGAGGAGGAGGAGGUGCGCGUGGUGGCCUAGGCGGAGAGCUGCGGCUGGUUGUAUGGGGCUUGUUCCCUUGAUUGGCUGUAUGAAGAGUUUCAAGUUGGGUAUGGGUACGGAGGUUAUGAAGGGUUGUACAUGCAGAUGGACAGGAGGACUCCGUAGUUUGCUCGCAAUCACAUGACCGCACGUUGUCAUGGUGCGGGGUAUCCGUCAGUGGUUGUAUCAAGUGCUGUGCGCUUUUUGUACCGUCAUAGCUGCCGUGGGGUAUAUGUACUUGCUCCUGUUUCCCUGUCUGCACCAACAGUGUCAGUUGGGUCGCGUGUCUCUCGACGUGUGUCUCCGACAGCCGCGAAGGCCAUUGCUAGGCGCGGAGGGCCGUGAGCGCAGGAUGGCUGAUCGCGAGUUGAGCCGUUGCGUGGUGGCGAUGAUGCCGUCGGUGUUGAGGCGGCCCGAAGGCGUGUCAUUCGUGAGUUGUGCUGCUCGCCUGUAUUCCUAGGGUAAUACUGGAGAUACCGUAGCAGGCCUAAAGGAUAAGGCCCUACGCUUCCUGUAUAUUAUGAAAUAUGUAUAUUGCAGUCCAGGG